AUGUCUGAAGCACGGAACUCAUAUGUAAUUCCUGUUUGCGCGGUAUUCCCUCCCUCAUGCUGCUUGCUGCUUGCGUCUCAAAUCUGGCCACACGGAACCUCCGUGUUUUGUAGCGUCGAGUGAAACGCCGGAACGCGAAACAAGAUACACCGUCCCUUUCAGUCCCUUUUGACUUGACAUUGGCUAGCAUCUGACAUUUAGCAGUAUUCCGCAGGCACAGUGUUUCGUGCCUAGACAGCGUAAAAUCGGUAAAUCUCGCAUUUUACAAGAGAGAAUUUUGGAGAGUUUAUAUUGUCUGAACAGACAGUAGUUCUUCUGUAAAGUGUAAUGUCAUUUCGAGGAGGUUAUAUCAGGUUAUAUACAAUUCGUCAAGUCAGCUGAUCAAUUUGUGCCAGUUUGCUGCAGUGUACAUGAGAAAUCAGUUAUUUAAAUAAAAUUUGUACUCUUAACAUCUUAUAAUUCAUACUUCCAAAAUGAACAGCUCAACUGAUCCAAGACGUCCUGACAAGGAAAUUCGCUAUAAGCCACCAGGUUCGAACAAUCAAGCACAAGUGCAAGAUGACCUCACACCAGACUACAUGAAUGUCAUAGGGAUGAUCUUUAGCAUGUGCGGAUUGAUGAUGAGACUGAAGUGGUGCGCCUGGGUGGCACUUUACUGUUCCUGUAUCAGCUUUGCCAAUUCACGAGUCAGCGAAGACACGAAGCAGAUCCUCAGCUGCUUCAUGCUGUCGAUAUCAGCGGUGGUGAUGUCCUAUUUACAGAAUCCACAGCCCAUGACACCGCCGUGGGCAAGUGCCAUGCAGUGAUUUUUUCAUAAACAUAAUUGUAAAUUUGUUACAUGAUUUACUUUGUAACAUUUUUUACUUAUAUGUGGAUGUAAUUAUCUUUGAACAUUUGAAGAGUAAUACUUCUAUCAGAAUAAACGAUUAUUGAUUAUAUUGUACAGAGAAAUGUCUUAUAACAAAUAAUGUAAUAAAUCUAUUACAAUAAUUAUUA